UGGAUUUUUCUAUUUCUACCCCAGCGCCUCCUUCACCUUUCCAGCCUUUUUCUUCGAGACCAUCUACAAGGCAGUUCAAGGGAAAGCUUUCAACUUGGAAUCACAAACCUUCUACCCCGAAGGCGCAAACCUCGUUAGCUGAGAGGUGCCAUCUACUUCGAUUUCGAUUCCACCAAGGGCUUCAGGACAGGCAAAAUGGGUCGCUACGAAACCCUCAAUUCCAAUACCAAAGAUUUGGUGAACUGUCUUCUGCCCGGCAUCGCAUCAAACUUCGAGAUCGAGGAUGUCAUCGAAGUCAUUCCGGAGGACAUUCGUAUGCGCAAAUGGGACUGUGAGCGGCGUGAACAUAUCAAGGACGCCGCGGAGGAUGAUCCUCGCAACUGGGGGGUUCAACUCUUGAAGGAUCUCAUCACGAUCUCGCGCUUGAAGCAAGGAAACCUUGCCGAGUUCCAAGCUGACUUGAGGGCUCAGAUACUGCCACAUGAGGAAAAGCACCCGUGGGUUCGGUUGGCCGACAUCAAGGAGAUCAAGGAUAGGUACGAGAAGCCUGAGCGGGCAGAGGAGGAACUUGAUGUGCAAGAAGAAGAAGCCUCAGAGUCGGAUUAUGACUAUCAGCUAGAGGAGCUGGUAGAGUUGGAGGAGCGACCUAGGAAGCGCGGCCGCAGGUCAAAUGCAGAAAACGACAGUGAGCGCUUCCAAGCCCGCCAGGUAACGAACCGCGGACGAAAGAGCAAAACCAAGCGACUUCGUCGUGACCCAAGCGUCGGCUGGGAGCGACCUGGAAGACACAACUACCCCCACCCAGCACGCAGCGAAGAAUCCUAUGACCGUAGCGUCAGCGCCGUCCCUGUUAAUGCCGAUGAAUUGGACGACAUGUCUGUGGAAGAGCUUCAAGCUCACCUUGAGCUGGCUGAGGCCGAGUUGCGCACAGCUCGCAUGCGAGCCACUCUUCUUGGAAAACGGCGCAGGCUUGGUGGACCGCAUGACACCCCCCUUCUUAUCCAGUCGGCACCUGCCUACGAUGAUGACGAUGCGAUAAACGAGUAGCCAACACACCGAACACCGUCAUCAGCAAUAGGAUCGGACAAGCUGCGGAGAAUUAUUUGAACAAUUCACGCAGCUGAACACUCGGCCUCUCUGUCCCGCUGUCUGUCAAGCUACACCAAAAUUGCUGGAUAUGACAUGACUUGG